AUGACCCAAACUGUCCUCGUCACCGGUGCUUCAGGCUUCAUUGCCGCACACGUCGUCGAGGCUUUCCUGCGAAAGGGCUACAAUGUUCGCGGAACCGUGCGCUCAGACAAGACUGCAGCCGAAGUUCUCAAGACGCACGCAAAGUACUCUGAGCAGAUCAGCGUUGCCAUUGUUCCCGACAUUGCUGCUCCCAAUGCCUUUGACGAGGCAGUCAAAGGGGUCGAUGGCAUCAUUCACACGGCCUCUCCCUUCAUCCUGAAUGCCGUCGAUUUCGAGACGGAGCUUUUGCAGCCUGCCAUCAACGGCACAACCUCUAUCCUAGAGGCCACCCAAAAGUACAACUCGGCAGUCUCUAGAGUUGUUGUUACCUCCUCCUUUGCCUCAGUCUUGGACCCAAUGCAAGGCCAGCGCCCUGGAUAUGUUUAUACCGAGGCCGAUUGGAGCCCCGUCACUGUUGAGCAGGCCAACAGCAGCCCCGUGAUGGCAUAUCUCGCCUCAAAGACAUUCGCUGAGCGCGCUGCAUUCGAUUACGUUGAGGAGAAGAAGCCCAACUUCACGGUGGCAACCCUCUGCCCUCCGAUGGUGUACGGACCGGUCGCUCACGCUGUCAGCGGCGUUAAUGCGCUCAACACCUCUGCAGGGGACAUCUACAGACUCAUCAACGGCUCAGAGAAGGCGGUUCCCGAUACUUCUUUCUGGGCAUUCGCCGAUGUCCGCGAUCUUGCUGAAGCCCAUGUUUUGGCCUACGAAAAGCCAGAGGCCGCUGGACAGCGUUACCUGAUUGCCAACUCCGCAUACAACUACCAGCAGAUUUGCGACAUCAUCAGGGAAAAGUUCCCGGAGCUGCACGACCUGACGCCCAAGGGCGACACUGGCGCUCCCCUUCCUCCCAUCUACAAGCUCGAUACUACCAAGGCUGCUACUGAGCUGGGCAUCAAGUUCCGGCCACUGAAGGAGACUAUUGUGGACAUGGUCGACAGCUUGUUGGCGCUACAGAAGUAGGGAGAAGGACUUAUUUUUAGAACUUAGACAUUUUU